CUGUGGUGGAACAUUGCACCAGUUCGCACUUCGCACGGAUAACUGCCAUAAUAUGCCAUGCCCCUUCUCCUGCGAUCCAUCCUCCCUCAGCAUCCCUACAUUUCCUCUCCCAACUCCAACCCUUCAUCUCCGGCGGGCAGCGUUGCCAAAACCGCCUCUGCAACUUCGAAACCGGCGCCAUUCAGAAUACGAGCAUCCUCGACGGCGAAACCCAAGACGAACAAACAAGAGGAUGAUAAUUACCAUGCCACUCUCAAAGCUCUCAACUCCAAAGGACGAUUUCCCCGGAAAUCUCUUGGCCAGCAUUACAUGCUGAGUUCUUCUGUAAACGAGCAGCUUGUCGCAACUGCAGGGGUCCGAGAAGGAGACGUCGUGCUUGAGAUUGGGCCUGGAACUGGUUCGCUCACCAAUGCUCUAGUUAACUCUGGCGCCACCGUUCUUGCUGUUGAAAAGGAUCCGUAUAUGGCUGCACUUGUGAGGGAGAGGUUUUCAAACCUGGGGUGUGUGAAGGUUUUGGAAGAGGAUUUCACAAAAUGUCAUAUACGCUCCCAUAUGUCAUCCGUUUUGGAAACUGGUACAGGACCCGUAUACAGUCAAUCACCAUUUGCAAAGGUGGUCGCUAAUAUACCGUUCAACAUUAGCACAGAUGUGGUAAAACAACUUCUUCCAAUGGGGGACAUCUUCACAGAACUUGUUCUUUUGCUCCAGGAGGAAACCGCCCUGCGCAUGGUGAAUGCAUCCUUAAGCUCGUCCGAGUAUCGACCUAUUAAUGUUUUCAUCAACUUUUAUUCAGAUCCUGAAUACAAAAUCAAGGUCCCAAGGACAGCUUUUUUCCCCCAGCCCAAAGUUGAUGCAGCAGUGGUUUCCUUCAGGCUAAAGCAAGCUGCAAAUUAUCCUCCGGUGUCUUCCAGCAAGAGCUUCUUCUCAAUGGUUAACUCUGCUUUCAAUGGAAAACGCAAGAUGUUGCGCAAAUCACUUCGGCACAUUUGCCCAUCCCAUGAGAUAGAAGAAGCUCUUAGCAGUAUUGGUCUUCCAUCUACAUCGAGACCUGAAGAGCUCGCUCUAGCAGACUUUGUACGGCUGCAUGAACUGAUGAUGAAAGAAUAGAACUUAUGCUUUAGAUUAUUGUUUGUAGUUGCUCAGAAGCUUUCAAAAAUUGAAAUCCAUAUAUGUAUGAAUCUCAACUGCUGGACCUCUUUCAAGAAAUAGAGUACAAGUCC